GCGGCGGCAGCGCGACCGUUUCGCUUAACGUCAAAACAGUUUGCGACAGCUCCGGGAGCGGCGGCGGCGGCUGCGGGGAGGCUCUCGGUGCUCUGCCGGGCCCGGCCCCACCGGCGGGGCAGAGCGGUUAUCGCACGUCCAGCAAAUUCUGCUUUCCACAUCAUGGAGGCAGAACAGAUUAUGGAGGGACAGCCACAGGUUCCAGAAAAUCCCCAUGCUGAAUAUGGUCUCACUGAAAAUGUAGAGAGGAUAGUAGAAAAUGAGAAAAUAAAUGCAGAGAAAACAUCAAAGCAGAAGGUGGAUCUUCAGUCAUUACCCACCCGUGCCUACCUGGAUCAGACAGUUGUACCUAUCUUGCUACAGGGACUUGCUGUUCUUGCAAAAGAGAGACCGCCAAAUCCCAUUGAAUUUCUAGCAGCCUAUCUUUUAAAAAACAAGUCACAAUUUGAGGACCGAAAUUAACUCCAUAAAAAUGAGGACAAUUUGGCUGCUGGACUGAAAUGCUCAUUUGCCGCAAUUUGUUUUCUGCUGUAAAAAUCCUUUGGAACAGUGAUGUUGUCUUUCUGAAUCGCACAAUUUGCUUUAUCUUUUGAAUUAUUUAAUAAAGAACACUUUACACUUCACUUGUUCAUUUUUUUUAAACUAGCUAUUAAGAGAGAAUUUCAAAAUAAAAUAUUGAAACAGUA